UAAUUAUUGGGUCAACCUACAGGGACAUGGGGUGUCUCAUCCUGCGAAAGGGAUUUUACAGGCAUGCUGGGAACAUGAGCGAAUACAGAAUACGAGUUUUGGGUGGGUAAAACCCAGGCGAAGGAGAUGGGACUGUAUGGAAGGGAGUUUAGUCCAACGGUAGCUCUUCCUGUAAAUCCACCAUGGCUACUCCCGCCUCCAGCAGUUGAUCUAGAAGUAUUGGAGAGACUACAGAAAGAUAGGGAGGGUGUUGAUCCAUCUGAAUUGUUUAAGAGAUGUCUGGAUACUGUGUUUCAGGAUUUUGUGGCCAUUUACACAGAUGGUUCGAAAGAUCCAAGGACAGGACGUACUGGGUCAGCAUUUGUAGAGCAGGAAUGUGGGGUGUCAGUCAGGAAACGUAUUACAGAUCAUCUGGCUGUAUAUAUACAGUGGAGCUGAUGGCCAUACUGUUGGCCUUGCAGUGGGUGGAGGAAGUCAAGCCAGACAGAGAAUGUAUUUGCUCUGAUUCAUGUGCAGUGUUAAUGAGUCUCCAGUCCUUUAGGUCAUGUGGCAGACAAGACCUGCUUUAUGAGGUGCUACAAAUCCAUGGUAGGAUUAGACAGAUGGGUAUACAGAUAAGAUUUACAUGGGUCCCAGCACACGUGAGGGUGGAGGGGAACGAGGCUGUUGAUGUACUGACUCAACAAGCACUUAGUAGGUGGGUUGUUGAUGUUGUAGUUUCAAUGAGCAAGGUAGAGGCAAAAAGCCUGAUAUGGACAGUAAUGAUGCAGAGAUGGCAGGAGCAGUGGAAUAGAGAUACUAAGGGCGGGCAUUUAUUUCAAGUACAGAGGAAAGUCGUGGAGGUGAGGACGGCAGGAAGGAACAGAAGAAAGGAGGCUAUUUUUUUCGAGAUUAAGGGUGGGACACAGCCGGUUGAAUAAAACCUUAAAUGUGAUAGGAAAGCAUCCAACAGGAUAGUGUGAUUAUUACCAGGAAACAGACCAUGGAGCAGGUACUGAUACAGUGUGGGCAGUAUCAGAGGGGAAGAAAGAGCCUGAGCUCUAGUAUGAGGGAGAAGGGAAUACAUGAAAUGUAUUUAAAUAGUAUAUUGAGUAGAACAUCAUUAGAUAUAGUCUCAAAUAUUUUGUUAGAUUUUUUAAGAGCAACGGGGCUGACCGGUAGAAUUUAGUUUCUCCCUGUCUUUGGCCAACACUCUAGUACAGUAGGUGGCGGUAAUGCAGCAUAACGUUGGAUGACAACUGCCGAUGAACCCCACCGAAGAAGAAGAAGAAGAAGACCAAAUUGAAAACAAACCCGUUGCUGAUCAGAUGGAAUAUCUUUGAUUUCACAGUAGUACACACUGAUGUUUGCCAAUAAUGAACAAAUAAGGGUGGUUGAUGACUAACCCAUGAGAUCUUUCAGUGAUCACAGGGUCACUCAACUCUGUGAGACCUUCAACAGACAAUCCAUCUACUUACACAAACCAACAUGACCUCCGAGCAGGCCAGCACCCUGCUGGCAUUCAAGGGCCCCGGCGACCCCAGUCCGGGCUACUUCUCCUGGGGUCUUCGCUUCCAGGUCAUCGGCCUGGGCUUUGCCUUCUACACCGCUGUGUUCGUCCUCUCCCACCUGGUGUCCAUGGCUCUCUCCCAGACCUACCGCUCUCUGCUGGCUAAGGAGAAGGUGUUCUGGAACCUAGCGGCCACACGGGCCGCGUUCGGCCUCCAGAGCACGGUGGCGGGCCUACGGGCGCUGACCGAGGAGUCGGCCGUGUCCAGGGACAGGGUCAGAGGUCAGGAGGACUGGUCUUGGUUCACUGUGCUCACAGCCACAGGCUUCUUUCUGUUUGAGAAUGUGGCGCUGCAUGCCUCCAGUGUGGUGUUCAGGGCUUUCGACCUUCCCCUGGCCGCCCAUCAUUUCUUUGCCCUGUCAGGGUUUGCUGGGGCGGUGGUCUGGGACUCACUAGGACAUUACCUGCCCAUGGUCACUCUACUACUGGAGAUGAGCACACCCUUCACCUGCAUCUCCUGGAUGUUACUAAAGGCUGGCUGGGCGAGGACGCUCUUCUGGAAGGCCAACCAGUGGGUGAUGAUCCACAUGUUCCACUGCCGCAUGGUGCUCACGUACUACAUGUGGUGGGUGAGCUGGAGUCACUGGGGGGAGAUGAACAUGUACGUGGCUCUGCCCCAGCGAGUCCUCUUCUACACCGGCCUGGCCCUGCUCACAGUGAUCAUCAACCCCAUCUGGACGCACAAGAAGACCAUGCAGCUCCUCAACCCUGUCGACUGGAACUUCAGCAAUAAGCCGCCGCCCAAUGGCCCCAGUGGGGAGCAGAAGGAGAAAACUCAUGAGAGAUAAACAAGCCAAGAACUGUGAACCUGUUUGGAGAGUUAUGGGGCUCUUUUACUAUGCUUGUAAAGGAGAGGAAGG